AUGGGCUCCGUUGUUGACACUCCGCCAAAGGGCGGCUUCAAGCUGGUCUUGCAGAAUCCAUAUCUAUGUGGCGUAGCAUCGUUCUCAACACUCGGUGGCUUGUUGUUCGGCUAUGAUCAAGGUGUCAUUAGUGGCGUGAUAACUAUGGAAUCAUUUGGAGCUCGAUUUCCGCGUGUUUUCACUGAUAGCGGAUUCAAAGGCUGGUUUGUCUCGACGCUCCUACUCGCUGCUUGGUUCGGAUCCUUGAUCAACGGACCCAUCGCGGACCGUGUUGGAAGGAAGCUUUCUAUCAAUCUUGCGGUGGUCAUCUUUGUUAUUGGAUCUGCGAUUCAGUGUGCAGCAGUGAACAUCCCGAUGCUAUUUGCCGGUCGAGCGAUUGCCGGUUUGGCCGUUGGAAUGAUGACCAUGGUGGUGCCAUUAUACAUCUCCGAGGUUUCUAUCCCUGAGAUUCGUGGAGGUCUGGUUGUUACUCAACAAUUAUCCGUGACCAUUGGAAUUCUCGUCAGCUACUGGCUUGACUACGGCACUAACUACAUUGGUGGUACUCGCUGCGCUCCCGACAUGCCUUACACUGGUGGGACAUCGGCAAAGCCAACCUUCGACCCAUAUAAUGAUAUUCCGACAACGGGCUGCAGCGGGCAAUCAGAAGCCUCCUGGCGUAUUCCACUGGCACUUCAGAUCGUGCCGGCGGUGAUCUUAGGAGUCGGAAUGAUAUUCUUCCCAGAAUCGCCUCGAUGGUUGAUUAUGAAGGAGCGUGAUGAUGACGCGCUUGUCUCUCUCUCAAGACUGCGCAGAAAGGAUCGCGAUUGCACGACCCUGCAGAGCGAAUAUUUGGAAGUUAGAGCAUCUAUCAUGCUGGAAAACUCCUUCGCUCGACAGAACUUCCCUAACCUUUCAGGUGUGCGUCUACAUGCCGCUCAGUACAUGUCUUUGUUCACAAAGUGGGCACGCUUUAAGCGACUUUUUAUUGGCUGUGCAGUGAUGUUCUUCCAGCAAUUUAUCGGUUGUAACGCCAUGAUCUAUUAUGCCCCGACGAUAUUUGGCCAGCUUGGAAUGGAUGGCAACACCACCUCGCUUCUCGCAACUGGAGUAUAUGGCAUUGUUAACUGCCUGUCUACCCUUCCAGCACUAUUCUUGAUCGACAAAUUUGGACGUCGAGCUCUUCUAAUGGCUGGGGCCGCCGGUACUUGUAUUUCACUUGUGAUCGUGGGUGGAAUCCUGGGGGCCUAUGGGGCUAAUCUUAUGAGCCACAAGUCCGCUGGCUGGGCAGGUAUUGCCUUCAUCUACAUCUACGAUAUUAACUUCUCCUAUUCCUUCGGACCUAUUGGUUGGGUGCUUCCCUCAGAGAUAUUUAAUCUUUCGAUUCGAUCCAAGGCCAUUUCUAUCACCACAUCUGCCACAUGGAUGUGCAACUUCAUCAUCGGCCUGGUCACCCCUGACAUGCUCGACACCAUCACGUGGGGCACAUAUAUCUUCUUCGCGGCCUUUGCUUUGAUUGCAUUUAUCUUUACAUUCUUCUGUAUUCCAGAAACACGUGGAAAGACUCUAGAGGACAUGGAUCUUAUUUUUGGAGAUACCUCUGCCCAUGAAGAAAAAGAACGUAUCAAGCAUAUCGAGGCUGAUUUGCGUGGGACCCCAUUCGAUGAUGCGGAGGACUUGAAGCCAACAGAUCAACACAGAGAGAUUGUUAGUUCGGUUUGA